GUAUUUCCCACAAGCCUUUGCGGUAGGUUGUCAGCUGCUGUUUUGGCGUCUGCUGGGCGUACAAACAUACCAGCUGAGGUUUUGAGCUGUUUUCUACAUGACAUCUCGAAAAUUGACAGUAAUCGACAAGGAGAACGUACCAAGGAGCUAGAAAUUCACAAAGGUGAGGUACUACUUUGCUGCCAUGGUGCAUGUGAAGGGAUCAGGUGGGCAGGUGUCAGAUACCACAGCUGCCAGCACAGAUGCCAUCACCCGCCUACCCCCAGAGAUGGGUCUGGCAGUUUUGGAGCAACUAGAUGUCCCCAGCCUGUGCCGUGCUGCGCAGACCUGCUCCUCCUGGUGUGAGUUCAUCAGCGACACUGAUUGGCUGUGGAAGAAGGUGUGUCAGAACUGCCAGGACGUUGACCCCCAACUGGUGGAGAUGGACCGUGCAGAGGGGUUACCAUGGAAGGUGGCAGUGAUGAGGAACUACGGUGCUAAGGGAAUCCAGCGGCAGUGGAGACUGGGAUUCUUCAGCCGGCCAUCAUCGUAUGAGGACAUACCUGACAGGUGCAUGUGCGAGAUGGAUGCAGACACCUGGGGAGAGAUUCUACAGCUGGAGCUGGACAGAUAAAACUGGGAAUACCUGUACCUUCACCUGCAAGCCAAGCAGAUGUGUGGUUCAACUAUUUUUUGUACAUAUAUUUGUUGCAUCUCUUUUGCAGAUUAUACUAGAACUGCUUAGAGAUUACACUCAUCCUACUCUUGCAAUGAUGGAAUUUUUUACCCUUCAACUGGUAUUACCGGUACUGAUUUGGAUUGACAUUUGGAAGGUCAAGCAUUAGGAAGAUGUCAACAUCAUGUCUUCCAUGAUAGGAUAUGAUAUUAACAGGAAAGUUUUAUGUUAGCCCAUUUUGCAGGGCUGUUUGUCUCAUGUGUACCAGUACAUGUAAGUACAGCAAAUCAGAAUAUAGUGCUAUGGUAUACAAGUAUACAGAAUUAUGGAAUAAGGAUAAGAAUAGAGGCUAUAUGGGAAUUGUGCAUAAUAGCAUACUUGAAGGAACAUCUUUUAUAAACAGUAGAACAAAUGAGGUGAGGUGAGAUGACAAGUAUUUUGCAAUUAAGAGAAGCCGUUUUAAAGAAUAUUUUACAAGUUUCGAAUAUAUGUCUAUUACAUGUACAUGUAUAUAAUCUAUUUUGCCUGUUGAAUAUAACAAGAAUUAUGUAUAUUCUGCAGCUGUUCAUUUACUAAAAAGAUAGUAAAAACAGCAUUUUAACCUAUUUUAUUGGUGUGUUAUACCACAGGUGGUAUCCAAUACGUUUCAACAACUUAUAAAUCAGCUGUAUGCAAGGUUGCCAAUAGCAGUGUCAGGGUGAUUCUUGUCAAAGUGAAAACGAAGAUAUCUGUCUAGUACCAAAUAUACUAAAUAGCUUUCAUGUGACUCAGAUUACAUAUGAGAAAAUUGCACAUUUUGUAUAUAACAUCAAGGACAAUGAUGAUGCUGUAAUUCAAUAAAGCUGCUUCAUGUCAUUUGUCUUUUAGCA